UCUAAGUGACCCCAAACGUUUGAACGUGUGUGUGUGUGUUCACACGUUUUUGCGUAUCUUGAAUGGGAUAUGCAAAAUGGGUUAACAUUGAGCACCUCUGAAUCCUAAAAGUUGUGGCAUUCAGGUCCAAAAAUACACUUUCUGACCACUUGCAUGUAUGGGACGUUUUGUUCAAAUCAAAAGGGGUGCAGUCAAAAAGUGAUUGCAAUCAAAUGGAACGACCCAUAAAGUAAAGGGAAAGCUUGGGGAAAAUGUUGAUGUACUAUUUCAGAGUGAUCCUGUGUACAUUCAAUAGACUUUUGAACUGAAAAGUCGCCUUACUGAUCCUUCAUCUGCACUUGGAUAGCCAGUAGCUGGGGGUCGGCUAUUUCUCACCUGCUUGCUUAUGCUUGCCUCUUAGGUUCCUCUCAGAAUGCAAGUCCCCUUCACGGUAACCAUCCAACUGACUCUCUGAAUGCAAGUCCCCUUCACGGUAACCAUCCAACUGACUCUCUGAAUGCAAGUCCCUUUCACGGUAACCAUCCAACUGACUCUCUGAAUGCAAGUCCCCCUCACGGUCACCAUCCAGGUUCCUCUCAGAAUGCAAGUCACGGUCACCACCCAGGCUCCUUUCAGAAUGCAAGUCCUCGUCACGGUUACCAUCCAGGUUCCUCUCAGAAUGCAAGUCCCCCUCACGGUCACCAUCCAGGUUCCUCUCAGAAUGCAAGUCAUGGUCACCAUCCAGGUUCCUCUCAGAAUGCAAGUCCCCCUCACGGUCACCAUCCAGGUUCCUCUCAGAAUGCAAGUCACGGUCACCACCCAGGUUCCUCUCAGAAUGCAAGUCCCGGUCACCAUCCAGGCUCCUUUCAGAUGCAAGUCCUCGUCACGGUUACCAUCCAGGUUCCUCUCAGAAUUAAGUCCCCCUCACGGUCACCAUCCAGGUUCCUCUCAGAAUGCAAGUCCCCUCACGGUCCACAUCCAGGUUCCUCUCAGAAUGCAAGUCCCCCUCACGGUCAUCAUUCAGGUUCCUCUCAGAAUGCAAGUCCCCUCACGGUCAUCAUUCAGGUUCCUCUCAGAAUGUAAGUCCCCCUCACAGUCACCAUCCAGGUUCCUCUCAGAAUGUAAGUCCCCUCACGUCACCAUUCAAUCUCCGGGCAGCCAGGGGGGAAGAGUUGAGCCAACAGCCAGGCACCAUGGCUCUCCCGUGGACGAAAUGAACGCGUUGGUCAGGAGACAGAUGUGA